AUGAACAGUGAUCCACAGAAUAUCAACCAUAAAUAUUACCAGUCAGGGGAUGUUAUCAUAGCUGGCAUUAGUUCACAAAGCUUCAUGUUUUCCAAUCCUCUCAACUUUCAAAGGCAUCCCUCUUUUGAAGUCCUUGAAGAUCUCAUAUUUUUGACUCAGACCUACCAGCACAUCUUGGCUCUUGUCUUUGCUGUGAAGGAGAUCAAUGACGAUACUCAGAUGCUACGCAACAUCUGCCUGGGUUUCAACAUUUAUAAUACCUACUUCACUGGAAGCUUAACUUAUCUUGCUUCACUGGAGCUCCUCUCCACCUGGGGCAAUUUCAUUCCAAACUAUAAAUGCAAUGCUCAAAGUACUACUAUAGCUGUGAUUGGGGGGCCUGACUCCAAAGCAUGUCUUUUCAUGGCAAGCAUUCUGAGCAUCUACAAGUUACCACAGCUUGGCUAUGGAUCAUCUCCUAUGAUUAAUGACCCAUCCCAACAAGCCUUCUUUCAAUGGAUGCUCCCUAAUAGAAACCAACAAUAUAAUGGGAUGCUUCAACUGCUUUUGCUUUUCAGAUGGACCUGGAUUGGUGUCAUUUUUAUACAGGAUGACAAUGGCCUCAGGUUUAUACAGAAAGAACUUCCCAAGUUUUCUCAAAGUGGUAUCUGCUUUGAUUUUAUAGAACCAUUCCCAACUGUGUAUUUCAAAAGUGGCAUUCAUGAAAUGAUGGAAUCAUGGGUCAAACUGUAUGUCUACAUAAGUGAUAGCUUUGCCAGUGUUGUGGUUUUACAUGGUGAAAUUCACACUACAAUAUUUCUGAGAAUGUUUCCCAGAAUUUUGGAAGUUGAAGACAAAGAAAUGAAGACAGGGAAAGUCUGGAUGAUGAUGGCACAGAUAGAAUUCACUUCUGUUCCCUUUCAACGAUCCUGGGAUAUAGAUAUCCUUCAUGGUUCCUUAGCCUUUGCAAUCCAGUCAAAGGAGGUGGUAGGUUUUCAACAUUUUCUUCAGAUGAGAAACCCUAAUGUGGAAACCAGAGAUGGUUUUAUUAAGGACUUUUGGAGACAGGCAUUUGAUUGUUCCUUCCCAACUUCCUUGGAAGAGGAAAAUGUUUGGAAUCUCUGCAGUGGGGAGGAGAAGCUGGAGACUCUUCCUAGGUCUGUCUUUGACAUGAGCAUAACUCCUCAUAGCUAUAGCAUCUACAAUGCAAUUUAUGCUGUGGCCCAUGCAUUGCAAUCCAUGAGCUCAUCAAUGCUCAAACACAGAACUAUAUCAGAGGAAGGACAGAAGAAUGUUCUGAAUUCAUUACUUUGGCAGUUCCACCCUUAUCUCAGAAAAGUCUCAUUUAACAAUAGUGUUGGGAAGAUGAUUUCUUUUGAUCAAAAUGGGAACCUGGUAGCAGGAUUUGACAUUAUCAAUUGGAUCACAUUUCCAAACUUAACAUUGCUUCGAGUCAAAAUGGGAACAUUUGACCACAGAGCUCCCAAAGACAAUGCAUUCAGCCUUUUUGUUGAUGCCAUCAAAUGGCCAAAGAGAUUUAACCAGCAGCAGCAGCAGCAGCAGCAGCAGCAGCAGCAGCCAAGCCAGCCAGCCGCCAGGCCAGCCAGCCAGCCAGCCGUCGCUGCCUGCAUCUGCCGCCCUGCUGAAUGA